UAGCUCUGCAACUAUCCAGACACAGGAUGACAGUCUUGUGCUGGACUACAGAGGGACACGGAUGCAUUUUAACUACGUGUGGCUGCGGGAUCACUGCCGCUCUGCCUCUUCAUACAACUCCAAGACUCACCAGAGAAACGUGGACACCGGGGGCAUAGACCUCAACAUCCGCCCUGACAAUACAGCUGUGCAGGAGGGACAUCUCAUCCUCACGUGGCCCGGAGGUCAUGUGUCAAAGUACAGCCUUAGCUGGCUCGCUGAGAACAGCUACGAAGGAAAGAAGCAGGCCAUCGUCCAGCCACGUAUCCUUUGGAAUUCGGACAUCUAUAAGAAUGCAAACGUACCCUCUGCCAAAUGGGACAAGUUUAUGAGCUGUGAUGAUGAAGUAAAGAAGUUUCUUCAGAACUACCUCCUGUAUGGGAUCGCUUUUGUAGAUGAUGUCCCAGUUACAGUCGAGGCCACAGAGGCAGUUACCCAGAGGGUCAGUCUCAUCAGGGAGACGACAUACGGAAGAAUGUGGUGUUUCACCUCAGAUUUUUCCAGAGGAGAUUCUGCCUACAGCCAGCUGGCCCUGGACCGUCACACUGACACCUCCUACUUUCAGGAGCCAUGUGGAAUCCAGGUUUUCCACUGCCUCAAACAUGAGGGAACUGGGGGACGGACACUACUUGUGGAUGGGUUCUACGCCGCUGAAAAAGUACGUCAGAGGUCUCCUGGAAACUUUGAGCUGCUUGCCCGCGUUCCCAUCAGGCACGAGUACAUUGAAAACACUGACAACCACCGAAACCACAUGACGGGCAUCGGCCCCCUGCUCAACGUCUAUCCUUGGAACUAUGAAAUGUACCUGAUUCGAUACAACAACUAUGACAGAUCAGUGAUAAACACAAUACCUCAUGACAUCGUUCGGCGAUGGUAUGUGGCACAUCGAGAGUUGACGACAGAACUAAGGCGGCCAGAGAACGAGCUGUGGGUGAAGCUGACUCCAGGGAAAGUGAUUUUCAUAGACAACUGGCGCGUCAUGCACGGGAGGGAGUCUUUCACCGGCCUGAGGCAGCUCUGUGGAUGCUACCUGACCAGAGACGACGUCCUAAGCUCUGCACGCUGCUUUGGUCUGCAGGCCUGAUCCCGGACAUGAAGCGCCUUUCAACAAUGUGCCUAUAGAUUAGCCUGUGUGUUCAAGGUUCAUUUUUUGCCAUUGUACAACACAAACUUGGAUAACAUGUAAUGCAAGCUGUAGUUCCUUUAUGCUAUAUGAUGGAAUACGGAGUAUAAGUUAAGGGCUUGCUUGCCAGACAGCAGCAGGGUAAUCAGGCUGCUGGGGUUGGUAUUGUCUUAGUAUCCUUUGGGCUCUGCAUGGGCACCAUACCUCACUGAUUCUCAGUAGAUGGGUACCAAUGAUGUUCUGGGGCAGUUUUAAUCACCCGCUGCAGAGCCCUCUUGUACUGAGCCGUGCAGAAAUACUGCCACUUUGUGAUGAAUCUCGUCAGUGCUUUCUAUUGCUCUACUUUAAAAGUUUACAAGAACUUUGCCUUAUGGAGUUUCCUUAUAAAACACAGCCAUUUUAUAGCCUCCUUAAACAGGAUGAAUGUUUGAUAAUCAUGUCAGGUUCUUGAUGAUGAUUCCCAGUGACUGAAAACUGUUAACCCACUCCACCUGAGCUCUACUGAAAGUACCUCCUUUGCCUCCUUUUCUGUAAAACUAACACUCUUUUUGCCAGAUUUGCACAAAAAGCCGUAUUUUGUUCAACAAUCAACAGUCCUGCUUCCUGUUGUAUUUUACUCACCCUUGCUCUUCAUUUUUUAAUUAACAUUCAUUGAUUGUAUUUCCUGAACUACACACUAAAUGUAUAAGCUCACAAAUGGCUUGAUAUUGUUGAGCUCAUGCGUCAUAUGAUCACAUUAAAUGUUAUCAUGGAGAGUUGGAUUGCACAAAAUACAUAAAGGAGUCAGUGAUAUUACCUUUCAGAUAGUAUCAUUACAGUAAGUUACAACUAAUUAGAAGUAAACAACAAGCUUAGGCUCAGUUGUUUUUUUA